AUGUUAUUUUUGGACCUCAUGUGGGCGAUGAACAUCGACCUAGUCACCCCCACGACCGCCGCUAUGUAUGCCCUACUAGUAUCCCCUCUGCAAACUUUAGGCGACAAACUUUCCAUCGUGUGGUUCGCGCGUGAAAUCGAUUGGGGCGCCUUAGGGUGGGAUGGUACGGAAGAUUUGCACCACACCGACAAGCCCAUGGGCGUGAUUGCCAACCUUAUGACGACCCUAGAAACAUCUAACGAUUACUUGGUCGUCGGGGACUUUUGUAUCCGAGGGUGCCUCAGUUUGCAUGCGCUGCGCUGGAAUUAG